GCGAUCAGAGCCCAGGCUGGAGUUUGGCUGCUUACUGAAAGUUGCCCGGGUGCCGAGCGGGCUAUGGGCGAGCCCGACCCCUUGGUCUCGGGGCAGCUCGCGGCCCGCCGGAGCUGGUGCUUGCGGCGGCUGGGGAUGGACCGCGAGUGGCUAUAGCUGGAGGCUGGGAGUGAGGUGACCAUAGGACGGGGACUCAGUGUCACGUACCAGCUGAUCUCAAAGGUGUGCCCUCUGAUGAUUUCUCGAAACCACUGUGUUCUGAAGCAGAAUCCUGAGGGACAAUGGACGAUUAUGGACAAUAAGAGUCUGAAUGGUGUUUGGCUGAACAGAGAGCGCUGCAUCCGUAAGGGAGACCACAUCCAGCUCGGAGUGCCUCUGGAAAGCAAGGAGCAUGCGGAGUACGAAUACGAAGUUAUCGAAGAAGACCGGGAGAGUCUGGCUCCCUGCCUUGCUCCCAAGAAUGACCACACAACGGAAAAGCAUAAAGACUUGAGAACUAAGAGGAAGUUCAGUUCGGAUGGGGUAGAGAGUCUUCCAGGCGAGGGCCCCUCAGACCUCAGGUGCCCGCUGGCUAAAGGCUCCAGUAAACCCGCUAAAGGCUCCAGUAAACCCGCUGAGCCAGAGAAGCUACACGGCAAAGGUGAAGUGGCAAGUCAGCCCUUGAGAUGUUUGUGCCCUACGUUGGCGUCUCUUGAGGCGAGUGAGAGGACCGCGGGGCCUCAUGCUUGCUCUACUCUUCCUAAGGUCCUCGAACUCUAUCCUAAGAAGCAGAAGGCCUGCAGCCCAUCAGCAUCUCAGAGCAGCUUAGAACUGUUUAAGAUGACCACGUCCAGGAUGAUCAAGCUGAAAACCCAGAUGCAAGAAAAGCAGAUUGCUGUCCUGAACUUCAAGAGGCAGGCCCGGAAGGGGAGCUUAAAGAAAAUCGUGAGGAUGGAGAAGGAGCUGGGAGACCUACAGUCCCAGCUGUACGUAGAGCAGGCUCAGCAGCAGGCAAGGGUGGAGCAGCUGGAGAAGACGUUCCAGGAGGAGGAGCAGCACCUCCAGGGUUUGGAGAAAGAGCAAGGAGAGUGUGAUCUGAAGCAACAGCUGGUGCAGGCUCUGCAGGAGCAUCGCGCUCUAAUGGAAGAACUAGAUCGCAGCAAGAAGGACUUUGAGAAAAUCAUUCAAGCCAAGAACAAAGAAUUGGAGUGGACCAAGGAGGUCGACCAGAUGUCCGAAGGAUCCUACGACGACGACGACGACGACGACAAAGACGACGACGAUGACAACGAUGACGCCGAGCUUCCUCGCAUGGCCGAUCAGCACGGAGACCAGACUGCCUAG